CUGUUUCCUUUUUUAGUUUAUUGAUUUAUUGUUCAAGAUUUCUACACUUUCAAUUCCAGAAUGUCUAUCGGAGGUGUAGUAUAUCGGAAGGUUACUCGGCGUUUUUCCACGCUUUUUCUCGCGGCAACGCUUGGUGCUUUUGUCAUGAACUACAGCUUCAACGCCAUUACGGAUGCUUAUUGGGAUAGAGUGAACGCUGGGAAGCAGUGGAAGGAUAUCAAGCAACGAAUCGAGUAAUUGAAAUUGUCUAUACGUUUGCAGAGUAGAUAGAUCGUUCAUACCUCGCUGUUUUUUUUUCUGUUCUUGAAAAUGCAAAUGCGAAUAAAAU